UCGUAUUUUGCGAACAAUGACUGAUUUAUCAAACACAUGGUUUGCGGGUGUGUGUGGGUGGACGCAACCUUGAAAGUGUACACUUGGUUGCCUAUAGUGAAGUGUGAAUUAGUUUGCUGAUAUUUGAAAGUUUGCAAGUCGCCCGGAAGGCAUUUUUUUAUUAUUUGCGAGCGUGUGCAGGUGGGAUAGCAGUACCACGCCGCUGAAAGACACCGUGCGGCACACGUCGCCGAUCAGUCGAGCGCCUCGCAUGGCAUCGCGCACACUGAGCCCUGAAAGUUCCUCGAAAUUCCAGCCACAAUGCGACCGCACGGAUUUAUUAUCCUGUUCGCGCUUGCCAUCGUUGUCGUCGGAGCUGAAGAAUGCAACGAUGUCAUCGAUAAUCAUCUUGGUACCAAGACACCCUAUCGCGUCGUCGGCAAUUUAAAUCACAAUCGGAUUGAAUAUUCAGGUUGUGUGCCGCAAAAAAUUUGGAUGUUGAGCAGACAUGGCACGCGUAAUCCCAGCCGUGAAUACAUCGAUGUGAUGAAGGGCCGCCUCUCGGAGUUGAAGCGCGCCGUCCUGGAAAGUGACAAUGAGCUCAUCAACUCCGAUUUGCAAUUGUUCGAGAAGUGGAAGGUCAAUUUAGAAAACGACGACGAGAAGCUGCUGACGACGGAGGGCGCCAACGAAAUGGUGCUGCUCGCCGAGCGCAUGCAGGCGCGCUUCCCCGACAUCUUGUCGAACGUGUACAGCAACACAUCUUAUCAGUUUAAAUUCACGCACACCAAACGCGCCAAGAGCAGCGCGCACUACUUCGCCAUCGGGCUCUUCGGCAAACUCACCGCGAAGGACGUCUGGUUUCCGGAACCAUCGACGAGAGAUCCUAUUUUAAGAUUUUACAAAUUGUGCAACAAAUGGCGGAAAACCGUCAAGAAGAAUCCCGAUUCCCUCGCAGAGUUGAAGAAGUUCAAAGACAGCGAAAUCGCCGGUAUUAUCGUCGCCAACAUGGAGAAGAAACUCGGCCUGAAAGAAAACGCGCUGACUUUUGAUGACAUCCAGUACAUGUUCAUCACGUGCGCGUUCGAGACGGCGUGGAGCCGCAAGAAAAAAUCGCCAUGGUGUACUGUUAUCGACCUAGAAACAUCUAGGUACUUGGAGUAUGCGGAAGACCUGAAGUACUACUGGAUCGACGGCUACGGUUACAACAUCACCUAUCGCCAGGCGUGCCCCGCUUUUGGCGACAUGUUCAACCAUCUCGAUGACCCCGAACCGUAUCCGCGCGCCGUGCUGUACUUCACCCACUCGGGCACGCUGCUCAAGAUGAUCGCACACCUCGGGCUCUAUCGCGACGAGGAGCCGCUGCUCGCCGAUAAUAUGAAUGAGAAUCGUCAGUGGAAGGUCAGCAAGAUUGACUCGUUCGGCACGAAUUUGGCUUUUGUUGGUUUUAAAUGUAAGACAGGUAAAAAGGUGUUGCUGUUGCACCAGGAGCGUAUUGUACGCUUCCCAUUCUGCCCCGAUACCGAUCUCUGUGAUCUGUCGCGCAUCAAGGAGGUCUUCACCGAGAGUCUCGACCAGUGCAACUUCGAGGACUUCUGUGAAACCAACCAGAAAUAUUAAUCCGGGAGGAGAUCGAGACGUAUUUAUUUAUUAACUUAUUUUGCUAUGUACUCACCCUGUAUUUUACCGUAUACAUGAAUAAAACCGUGUGCCUUCCUGUCGAGGGUGGCGCUCAAUUCGUAAUCAAACAA